UGAAAGUGUGUGUGAGUGGGCUGUUGUGUCUGUGGAACGCACUGCGUGAGGGACAGUGUUCGCUUGAUAUGGGGCAGAGCUAACGUUAGUGGGCUAACCGGGGAAAGUAUAACCACAACCUUUCCUUCACUGUUCGGAGCGGCUUUAUUAAUAUCGUAUUUCCAUAUAAACAUUCGGCGAAAGCCGCCGAACGUGCUCGAGCUGCCUUGGUUCCUACUUAACUAUGUCGGCGCCAGAGCUUGCGAGCUAGCGGACUCUUUACAGAUGCUACUCCACCAGCGGAGAAGAAGGCGGCAUGAAUAAGCAAGAGGGAGGAUGGGUUCUCGUUUUCCUGACGGCUAGCUAACCUUAGAGCUUCGCUGAAAACAAGGACAUAUUGAAGGCACAGCAUUCUUAGAUUAUUUAGCACCUCUGUCUGGGGGAGUUUUGUUCGUAAAAUGGUUUAAAGUACUUCUUCAAAUGGGGGUUCGGCCGUCAAGCACCCUCUCUGGGUUGUUGUUCGGCACACGGAGUCAGAAUGUGGGAAAUAGCUAGCUAGGUGGCUAGCUAUCCUGCUAGUCGCAAUAACCAAAUGCUGCUGCUGCUACGGUGCGGAUCCGAGCGAGAACACAAGCGGCUGGAGACUUGGGCCCUGACGUUGCCCGAGCUCCUCUUGCUUUAUCGGAGGAAGAUUCGGGGCGAAAAGAUUGUCGUUUGAGAUGUGAUUUUUUUUUCUUCCGUUUUUAGCCAUAUGUAAGCCGAAUGAAGGUUUGUUGAUUUGCUGUUACUGCGAUGUCCAAAGGAAUAAUGACCGGCUGAACCUCCAAACCAGUUGAGUCUCAUUUGAAGGGGGUGAGGUGGACUGAUAACUAACGUAAACUGAUAUCUAAAAACUGUAUCUCUGAGGAUUAAACUCCUUGGUCUUACCUGGAACUCUAAGCCACGUCUUUCAUAUCUACUAAUUUAAAGCACCCAGACUUUAGCUGCAAAUAUGGAUAAAUUAACAAUAAUAUCAGGAUGUCUGUUUCUGGCAGCGGAUAUCUUUGCCAUCGCAAGUAUUGCAAACCCCGACUGGAUCAACACAGGCGAAUCUGCAGGUGCCCUGACGGUAGGCCUGGUGCGGCAGUGCCAGACCAUCCACGGACGGGACCGCACCUGUAUCCCCCCGCGGCUACCCCCCGAGUGGGUCACCACGCUCUUCUUCAUCAUCCUGGGUAUCAUCUCCCUCACGGUGACCUGCGGUCUGCUGGUGGCGUCCCACUGGCGCCGCGAGGCCACCAAGUACGCCCGCUGGAUCGCUUUCACCGGGAUGAUCCUGUUCUGUAUGGCGGCGCUCAUCUUUCCCAUCGGUUUCUACAUCAACGAGGUGGGUGGCCAGCCAUACAAGCUGCCCAACAACACGGUGGUGGGCUCCUCCUACGUGCUCUUUGUCCUCUCCAUCUUCUUCACCAUAGUGGGACUGCUGUUCGCAGGCAAGGUGUGUCUGCCUGGCUGACUGCGGCUACCGCUCCGCCACCUGGACUUUAAGCUGUGGCUGAGGAAAAACAUACAAAGGAUAUAAAGAAAAAGGAGGGAAAAUAAAAUGGACGACUAAAAAGAAAAACACUGGCCAGAAAGCAGGGAUGGGAUGUCUCUGACGGACGGUGUGACGAUAUGCAGCUGGGACGGUUAACGCGGAAUAACGAACUAACUGAGAUUAAUAGACAUGGACGAAUAUGGCCGCUGUCGAACUGACUCAGGCUCUUUUUCCCUCUCUGCCUUUGCUUAUUUAAAACAUGUUAUUUUUAUGUUGUUGUUGUUGCACUUUGGAGAGCGACGCGGGAGACAGACGUCCGCUCCAUAGGGGGGGGUGACAAUGAGACAGAACGACAGCCGUCCUUUCCCCAAACCCCCCGCUGUUGCCACGGUGACAGUAACUAUGACGUCACACCUUUCGGAGGCACUCCACUUCACCCUUCCUGCCCAGCGAGAAAAUAAAACCGUUGUCAUCUCAACCGUUGCUAUUUUUGGCUUCUUACUUUUUCAGUUUUUUUUUUUUCCAUUUGGUGUUUUUUGGGGUUGUUGCUUUCUCCUUUCCACCAUUUUUCACUGAGGUGGUUUGAGGUGAAGUUAGGGCCAAUGAACCUCUGGAGGAGCUGGAAGGGUAUAUUAAGAGGCUGCUUAGGGGGUCAUUGUCUCUCUGCCUCCCCCAUGUGUGGCCUGGGUCAAGAGUCACCUCAGCCAUGGUUAGGUAGGAGGGAGGGAGCUAUUGGGGGUAGAGGGGGAAGGUUGGUUAAGAUGACAUCCUAGCUGGCUGGGCAUGAGCAUGUCCCCUUUGGAAGAGGGAGGGUGGACUGCUACAUUGGCCUUUCCAUCUUCACCCUAACCUUAACCCCAGCACCAUGACCCAUAGAAUCCAUGAGAUUUAGACAGGUGCACUGUUCCAGAGAGGGGAGGGUAGGACCCCAGACCCUGAAGGUUCCUUAACUGGCCAGGCACCUACCAGCUGCUCUACAGGAAAGGGAAAAGGGAAUGAAGACUGAGAGCACCUGGAUCAUUAUGAAACAUAGAUGGGAUCAGGCAGGAGUGAUGCUUGUUUUGUUUUUGCUUUGUAAUAUAGUAAUAAAAGGCACCAGGGACUGCAGGUCAGGUCAUUGUGUGGGGCUGCGCCUCACUACUGUGCUGUGCCCGAUGCCUGUGAAACACGCACACACACACACACAUACACACACACACACACUAACAGAUUCACACACACACGUGUUUCGGGCUCAAUCUCUUGGAGAUUGUUUGUUAUUUGUUGUCCAUUUCCAUUCCUGCUCAGCUUUUCUUUGUGUUGGUCUGUAUAAUAUGGAUUGUAAAGAAACCCUUUCUGGUUCCUAGUUUGAUUUGCUGUUGUGCCAUGAUCAGUUGUUCUCUUCACAACAAGGCAGAAUUUCUGUUUUAGGAAGCACUGUGCAUUCAACGGUAGAGCCAAUAGCAGAAGAGGCACCACAAAUGUAUAAAAAAGAGAACUUCUUACCUCAUAUUUUUUUCUUAUUCAAAACUACUACUAUUAUGUUUUCCAAACCAUGGCGAUGCAUCCCUAGAAAUUGUCUUGCCUUGAUCAGGCAGCUAGGCAUAAAGCUUAUGAUCAACGCAAAUGAUUUAUCUUUCACUGAAUAAAAAGAGAAAAAAGA